ACGGAUGUGGACGUGCGCCAUGGAAACACCUCUGGAAAAGGCCUUGGCAACCCUAGUCUGCACCUUCCACAAGUACUCGGGGAAGGAAGGUGACAAGAUGACCCUGAGCAAGGGGGAACUGAAGGAGCUGGUGAAGAACGAGCUGGGCCUGGGGGAGAGGAUGAAGGAGGGCGGCAUUGAGCAGCUGAUGAAAAGCCUAGACCGGAACAGCGACCAGGAAAUCGACUUCAAGGAAUACUCGGUUUUCCUGUCCACCUUGUGUAUGGCCUACAACGACUUCUUCCGGGGACAGAGCAAGUAGCUGGGGGGUUGGGGGGCUGAGACCGGGCCCCCGAGCCCCUGGCUCUGGGCACUGUCUGGCUGCUUGCAAUAAAAAGCGUUUUGUCCACAGUU